UAUACCAUAAUUAUCAAAUGUAAGCUUAUGUUAACUUCCUAACCACAAAAUCGUUAUCACAAGAAAAUGUGGAGGGAAAUGACAUUUUUACCCUUUUAUAUUUUUAUUUCUUAACCUAUCUUCAUUGGCCUAUCCCCAGACCCAAAGCCACCCUCCCCUUCAGGUCCGGAUAGUAUAACAACACUCUUUUUGUUGUUAUAAUAAUAAUAGGAUUCAUUAAGGGUAAAAGGGUAAAUUAACAAUAAAAAUAAUAAAUAAAAAUUAAUCCUACGCAUUUUCUUCGCACUAAAAUCAAAAUCUCCGCCACCGCCGUCGCACAAUGGCCUUUCGCUCUGUCCUCCUCCGAGUGAGAUCGCAGCUCCUCCGCUCCACGAAAAUUACGUCCGCUACCGGCUCCUCUUCCUCCUGCACAAGCAUCUUCUUCUCCUCCACUCGCCAGUUCGCCUCCGCCGCCAGAUCGGAGCGGUUGAUUCUCUCAUCGAUUUCAGAUCUCCGCGCAGUUUACAACGAUUCCGCCUCGAUCUCAGGUCCCCGGCUCUUCUCGACGGCGCGGCGCCACCCGGAGCGGCCGAAUACCGUGGACAUCGGAGCCCGAGCUCGCCAGAUGCAGACCAGGCGGCUGUGGACCUACGCGCUCACGUUCAGCUGCGUGGCCGGGUUCAUCGUCAUCGUCCUGAACAAUUUCCAGGACCAGAUGGUGUUCUAGGUGACUCCGACCGACGCGAUGGAGCAGAACAAGGCGAAUUCGAGGAAGACGAAGUUCAGAUUGGGUGGAUUGGUCCUUGAAGACUGCUCUCGCUCGGUGGGAGAAUCGUGUUGUGUACAGCCGAUCUACUUUGGCUAGUCAACCGAUCUAUUUUGGCUCUCUCUUUAGAGCGCCUGUGGUUGUGGGAUCAAUGAAAACGGCCAAUAAAUUUUGGUGGGUUGGGGUUUCCUAACUUUGAAUUGCAUACCAUAGCUUUGAAUUGCAAAAAUCCACAAAAAGCGUACCAGAAAUCUCCCAAUCCAUACCACAAAUCCCCUAAAACAAACCAAAAACCCCACAAAGCAAACUACUAAUAUUCCGAAAGCACACCAGAAACCUCAUAAUACAAACCACAAACACGUUAAAGCAAACCACAAACCUCCUAAUGCAGACCACAAAUAUAUUAAAACAAACCAGAAACCCCACAAAUCAAACCAUAAAAUUUUCGAAAGCACACCAUAAACUUCUUAAUGCAAACCAGAAACACAAUGAAGCAAACCAGAAACCUCCGAAUGCAUACCACAAAUCUCCUAAAACAAACCACAAACCUCAUAAAGCAAACCACAACAUUUGCGAAGCACACCAGAAACCUCCUAAUGCAAACCACAAACACAGUAAAUCAAACCACAAAAAAGCAAACCAUAAACGUCCUAAUGCAGACCACAAAUAUAUUAAAACAAACCAAAAAGCCCUCAAUGCAAACCACAAAAUUUUUGAAAGCAAACCAGAAACUUCUCAAUGCAAACCACAAACACGAUAAAUCAAACCAGAAACUUCUCAAUGCAAACCACAAACACGAUAAAGCAAACCACAAAAGGCAUACGAAAAUAUGAGAAACCAAACCAUAAAUCUCACAAUGUAGACCAUACAUCCGGUGGUCGUUGACCAACUCCGGUGACCGUCAGUCAGCAGAUUCCGACGCCGAUAGGCAUAUUCCGGCCCCGAUGACUAGAUUCCGACGCCGGUAAGCAUAUUCUGGCGACGGUGGCAUAUUCCGAUGACAAAAUAGCAUAUUCCGGCGACAAAAAGCAUAUUCCGGUGACCGGCGACCAGUUUCCGGCGACCGAUGGCAGAAUUCCGGCGGCCAAAUUUUUGGGCCGAAAAUAUUUUUUAUUUUUUAUUACUUAAACAUAUUUUUCAUAAUGACAAUUAUACCCCUGCUUUGAUUUUACACUAGGUCAACUCAUCUAAUAAAAAGUCAUUACAACCCUAGCUUCAUAUUGGUUGGAGACUAGUGUUAUUAUAAUAACAACAGAAGGAGUGUUGUCAUAGUAUCUAGUCCCCUCCCCUUCCCUUCCGACCCCUCCGUCUCCCCCGUUCCCUCGUCGGUCGGUUCCCAAAAUCCAAAUUUGAUCAAUCAAAUUGAAAAUAAUAAAUAAGAAGUGAAGUUUAAUUAAAGACAAACGAUGAUGGGGGAUUUUCCUCAAGGCCGGAGAAGCCCUGGUGAGAGGGCUCGAUGGCGCCAUUAUCGAUGGGGUUUUGGCGGAGAGAGCUGAUAAGUUAGAGAUGUGGGAAAUCUAGGAUCCAAGCUGGAAAAGUGAUUGUAGAAAUUAAUGACGCGGAAUUGA